UGCCGCUCCGGCGGGCCUGCGCGCUCCGCACCUCCUUGCGCCCCCGGGAUGCUUUCCGCCGGCACAGCUGGGAGCCGGGCAAGGAGCUGCGCGGGGACCCCGGCUACGAGCAGCUCAGCGCCUGUCUCCGAGGGCUGAGCCCCGACGACCUGGACUCCAGCACGGAGGGGCUGGCGCGGCCCCGGCGGGACCCCCGGCGGGACCCCCUCGUCCACAGCAAUGACGACCUGGAGUCGCUGCUCUCGCAGGACGAGGAGGAGGAGGAGGAGGGUGGCGCGAAGCUGGCGCGGGAGGACGAGCGGCGGCUGCCGGCGUUUCGGGCCGGGCAGAGCUCCGGCGGCUGCGCCCUCUCCAAAUCCGUGUCCCUGAGCGGCAUCGACAGCUUCCCGGACGCCGACGAAAUUUCCCUCUUCGCCUCCCGGCUGAGCCUGGCCAACGGCUUCGGGAGCUGCGGGCAGCUGGCGGCCACGGGCGAGCCGGGGAGCCCCCGCCGGGACGAGACCCCCCUGGGCCGGACCCUCAGCUUCAUCAGGAGGAUGACGGGGAAGUCCAAGGGCAAGGACAAGGAGAGGAUGAAGGAGGGCAAGGAGAAGGACGCGCGCUACACCAACGGGCACCUCUUCACCACCAUCACCGUCUCGGGCAUGACCAUGUGCUUCGCCUGCAACAAGAGCAUCACGGCCAAGGAGGCGCUCAUCUGCCCCACCUGCAACGUCACCAUCCACAACCGCUGCAAGGACGCGCUGCCCAACUGCACCAAGGUGAAGCAGAAGCAGCAGAAAGCCGCGCUGCUGAAGAACAACUCGGCGCUGCAGUCGGUGUCGCUGCGCAGCAAGACCGCCAUCCGGGAGCGCCCCAACUCGGCCAUCUACCCCUCGGAGAGCUUCCGCCAGACGCUGCUGGGCUCCCGGCGCGGCCGCCCGUCCCUCUCGCUCUCCAAGAGCGUCUCCACCACCAACAUCGCUGGGACCUUCAACGAUGAGUCUCCGCUCGGCAUCCGGCGCAUCCUCUCCCAGUCCACGGACUCGCUCAACGUGCGCAACCGCACGCUCUCCGUGGAGUCGCUCAUCGACGAAGGCCCCGACGUCAUCCUCAACCAGCUGAUGAGCGACUUCGAGACGGACGGGAAGGACUUCGAGGCCGACUCCUGGAGCCUGGCCGUGGACAACAACUACCUGCAGCAGCACAAGAUGGACGUCAUGAAGCGGCAGGACGUCAUCUACGAGCUGAUCCAGACGGAGAUCCACCACGUGCGCACGCUGAAGAUCAUGGGCGACAUGUUCCGCAAGGGCAUGCUGGAGGAGCUGCAGCUGGAGCCCGCCACCGUGCAGAGCAUCUUCCCCUGCGUGGACGAGCUGGGCCAGAUCCACGAGCGCUUCCUCGCCCAGCUCCUGGAGCGCCGCAGGGAGUCCCUGGCCCAGGACAGCAACAAGAACUUCGUCAUCAACCGCCUCGGCGACAUCCUCGUGGGCCAGUUUUCGGGCGCCAGCGCGGAGCAGCUGAAGAAGGCGUACUCCGAGUUUUGCAGCCGGCACAACAAGGCCGUGAAGCUCUACAAGGAGCUGCUCGCCCGCGACAAGCGCUUCCAGCAGUUCAUCCGGAGGAUGACGCGGUCCCCGCUGCUCCGGCGACACGGCGUGCCCGAGUGCAUCCUGCUGGUCACGCAGAGGAUCACCAAGUACCCGGUGCUCAUCGAGCGCGUCCUCAAAAACUCCAAAGACAACGAGGCCGACUACGCGGACCUGUCGCGAGCCCUGAAGCUGGUCAAGGAGCUCAUCUCGUCCAUCAACGAGGAGGUGCACACGUUCGAGAUGAACGCGCGGCUGCAGGAGGUGUACGGGCGCGUGGACGGCCGCGCCAAGGUGCCGCUGCUCUGGGAGAGCCGGGCCGGCGUCUUCUGCAAGGACGAGCUGCUGCGGCGCAAGCUGGUGCACAGCGGCUGCAUGCUCUGGAAGACGGCGGCCGGGCGCUUCAAAGAUGUCCUCGUGCUGCUGAUGACUGACGUCCUCAUCUUCCUGCAAGAGAAGGACCAGAAGUACACCUUCCCCAUGCUGGACAAGCCGGCCGUGAUCUCCCUGCAAAACCUCAUCGUGCGGGACAUCGCCAACCAGGAGAAGGGCAUGUUCCUCAUCAGCGCCGCGCCGCCGGAGAUGUACGAGGUGCACGCCGCCUCCCGCGACGACCGCAACAACUGGAUGAAGGUCAUCCAGCAGACGGUCAGCCUCUGCCCCAGCCGCCAAGACUUCCCGCUGAUCGAGACGGAGAUCGAAGCCUCCCUGCGCAAGCUCAAAGACCGCAUCCUGCAGCACGACCGGGAGAUCGCGGAGCUGCUGGAGGAGAAGGUGGGGCUCUUCGCCGACAUGCUGGCGCUGGCGAGCGGCUGCGCGGAGCCCUCGCCCGCCCUGGCCCCCCGCGCCCUCUUCCGCUCCGACUCGGCCGAGGGGCCCCGGGGCGAGAAGCUCGUGCACGACGCCAUCCGCGAAGUGGAGAGCCUCAAGGAGAUGUUCGCCGGCGCCGGCCGCGACCGCGACCAGAACCACCUCGCCGAGGCCGAAGGCUGCUGCAGCCCCGGCGCCAGCACAGACGGCGACGCCGGCGCCUGCAACGGCUCCGCGGAGUUUUUCCGGGGGGAGGCGGAGACCGGGCAGCGGGACGGCAACGGCAACCAGCUCCUGCAGAAGGUCCCGCAGGAGCAUCCUCCCUCCCUCCCGCAGGAGGUGAUGCAGCGGCUCGUGAACCUCUACGCGCUGCUGCACGGCUUGCAGGCGGUGGUGAGCCAGCAGGACACGCUGCUGGAGCUGCAGCUGCAGGAGGGCCCCGAGCGGCGCGAGAAGCUGGCGCGCGGCGGCCCCGGCGCCCAGCCCGAGACGGCGGCGGCCCCGGCGGCGGCGGCGGCGGCGCGGGCGGGCGAGAAGCCCGGCACGGAGCUGGCGUUGCUGCAGCGGCAGCACGCGCUGCUGCAGGAGGAGCUCGCGCGGUGCCGGCAGCUCUGCCAGGACAAGGCGCAGGAGGCCGGCGCGCUGGAGACGCGCCUGCGGGACAGCGAGCAGGAGCGCGGGCGGCUGGAGCGCGAGCUGGACGAGGCGCGCCGGCACCUGGCCGCCCUGCGGCAGGAGGGCGGCGCGCGGGGCCGCCGCGCCGCCGCCGCCGACCCCCGCCGGCGGAGCCUGCCCGCCGGCGACGCGCUCUAUCUCAGCUUCACGCCGCCCCAGGCGAGCCCCGCCGGCCUCUCCUUCCAUCACGCCUUCGGCACGUGCCCCCGCGCCGAGCUGGACUACCGGGGCGACGGCGAGCGGCUGCGGGACGGCGAGGACGCCCUGGACGCGCUCUUGGAGGGCGAGGGCUUGCACUCCCCUCCCGCCAGCCCCCGAGAUUUCCUGCGGAUGCAAGACAUUCCCGAGGAGGUGGAGAGCAGCCAGGAGCUGAAGGAGGGCGACGGCGGCUCCUCGGACAGUUAGGGACCGGCGCGGCCCGCCGGAGCCGGCCGCGGGCAGGGCCGGGAGCCGCGUGGGCCCGGCGGGGUCCCCCUCCCACCCCCCCGCUUCGGGGCCGG